UGUAUUGUGCUUUAUAAAGUGACAGGACGGUCGAAUGGCGGUCCAUUUUAGAGAAGAGGCGCUUACAGAUCUAGCUGUGCCCUGUGUGGGCGAUGAUGAUGAUUAAGGUUACGGCUAUGGCUGUGCUUAUGGUUACGGUAAGGUUACGGGGCUUAGCUUUUUGGCCAUGUGAGCACUACGUGUCACCCAUCCCCGCCCGCGGCUUUCUGGGAAACUGAGUCCACAUCCCGCACAGCCCGACACUCUCCUCCGAGCCGCGGGAACAAGAUGCCGGCCGCGCACAAACUGCUGCUGGAAGAGGCUCUGCAGGACAGCCCGCAGACCCGCUCUUUGCUCAGUGUAUUUGAGGAGGAUGCUGGGACACUCACCGACUACACUAACCAGCUCCUGCAGUCCAUGCAGAGAGUGUUUGGCGCACAGAACGAGAUGGGACUGGCCACGGAGCAGCUUUCCAAGCAGCUCCUGGAGUACGAGAAGCAGAAUUUUGCCCUGGGGAAAGGCGAUGAAGAGGUCAUCAGUACGCUGCAGCACUUUGCGAAAGUUGUGGAUGAGCUAAACGCCCUGCAUACUGAGCUCGCCACACAGAUGGCGGAAAGGAUGGUGUUUCCCAUGGUGCAGUUCAGAGAGAAGGACCUCACAGAAAUAAGCACUUUGAAAGAAAUCUUCGGCAUUGCCAGUGAUGAGCACGAGGCCGCCAUGGUAAAGUACAGCAGGCUGCCCAAGAAGAAGGAGAAUGAGAAGGUAAAGGCGGAGGUCGUGUCGGAGGUGGCAUACGCCAGGAGAAAGCAGCACCAGGCUUCCAUGCAGUACUACUGCGCUCUGAAUGCACUACAGUACCGCAAGCGGGUGGCCAUGCUGGAGCCCAUGCUGGGGUACAUGCAUGCUCAGAUGAACUUCUUCAGAAAAGGUAUGGAUCUUGUCUCCAAGAAGAUGGACAGUUUCCUCGCGUCAGUCUCCAACAUGACACAAAGUAUCCAGGCCCAGCUGGACACGGAAGCGGAGUCGAUGCGUCUGUCUCAGAGGGAGCUGCUGUCUGUAGAGGACACUGUGUACAUGCCUGACCGCGACCGUGAUCCUGUCAACCGCACGCUCAUACAGAAAGCAGGCUACCUCAACAUCAGGAACAAAACUGGUCUGGUGACGACCGCUUGGGACCGCCUUUACUUCUUCACCCAGGGAGGAAACCUCAUGUGUCAGCCGCGGGGUGCCGUCGCAGGGGGCAUGGUCCUCGACCUGGACAACAGCUCGGUGAUGGCUGUAGAAUGCGAGGAUCGCCGAUACUGCUUCCAAAUCACCUCGCCGACGGGCAAAACUUCUCGUUUGAUGAACAGGUCCCUAAUUUUACAAGCAGAGAGCAAGAAAGAAUAUGAGGAGUGGAUCUGCACCCUCAACAACAUCUCGCGACAGAUCUACCUGACCGACAACCCAGAGGCAGUGGCCAUCAGGCUGAAUCAGACAGCCAUCCAGGCGGUCACUCCCAUCACCAGCUUUGAGAAGAAACACGAAGGCUCACCCAACCCUGAAAGCAGGGCAAAGCCCGGCUCCGCCCGGCCGUCCAGCGACGCCUCUCAGCAGCAGCCCAAAGCCCCUGAGCCAGAAGACUUGAUUGCUCCUGGUACCCCCAUACAGUUUGACAUCAUGCUUCCUGCUUCCGAGUUCCUGGACCAGAACCGGGCCGGAGGGAGGCGCACGAACCCUUUUGGGGAGACUGAGGAAGAGUGCUCUGCGGAUGGCGAGUCUGACGACUCCCUGCUGCAGCAGGUGUUUGUUGUGCGCUUCCUUGGCUCCAUGGCUGUGCGUUCGGGCCACCGGCCAGAGGUCAUCUACGAGGCCAUGCGGCAAGUUCUGGCUGCUCGCGCCAUCCACAACAUCUUCCGCACCACAGAGUCCCACCUCAUGGUGACCAGCAGCUCCCUGAGGUUGAUUGACCCUCAGACACAAGUGACUAGAAUAAGUUUCCAGCUGCAGGAUGUGACCCAGUUUGCAGCCCACCAGGAAAAUGGGAGGCUGGUUGGCUUUGUGGUGGAGGGCAGAGAUUGGGGGGAGGAGCAGGGUGAACCCACCUACAGCGCCUUUGUCUUUGAGAGCAACACGGAAGGAGAGAAGAUCUGUUAUACCAUUAGCCUGGGGAAGGAGAUCACAGAAGCAAAGAAGGAUCCGGAAGCACUGGCUCAGCUCAUGAAGUCCAUGCCUCUGACGACCGAUGGAAAGUUCCUGCUCCUGGAGAGCGAAGGGGGCAAUGCAGAGAAUGGGAGCAUGCCGGAGGACCUCGAGUCGGAGGCCUAACCUGGCUAAAGGGUCGAGGAAGUGGCCUUCAAGCACAUCUCAUCAUGGGACUCAUGGUUCUUCUCCCCAUACGCUUGUACAGCCUGUCUUAGCAUAUAUGUCUCUCAUGUGGUGUUCGGGUGGAAGCCUUUGCACAGGGAGACGAUGUGCGGAAUGUGCCGGUUUCUCUGCUGCAAAGCAUUUAAGGUUUUUUGCUCAAAGAUAUUGCGUGUUUUUCCCCCAUAAAAUCAAUAGAGGAAUGCAUUUUUCCUUUAAAAAAUGUGAGGCCCAUCUAGGAAAAUGUUUCCUAAAGCCAACAGCAGAAGACCUUUGGCCUUCUCGGCUCGCGGGUAGAGUCCAUUCUCACCUUAGCACUCGGCUUUUCGCCAUUUCCCCCUUCAUUCUGUGCCGCAAAAAUGAGUUGCACUUUAAAGGGAACUUAAGCAGAAUGCAAGUUCAUGGAAAACGCAGCAAGAAUAGCAGUGAACUAAUCCACGUAGAUUUGCAGCAACCUUCUAAUGAAGACACUCAGAUUUAAGUUAGAUUUAAGAUCUCUAAAUUAGGUGACAGUGCUUGCAACUAAAAAGUUUGCCAGGCUUGACUGAACCUCAGGGGUUCUGCGGCGUCAGUAACAAUCCAGAGGCUGUUAAAAAUAACGGGGCUAACGUGGGUGACGUUUUAAUUUACUUUGUAUUUGUCUCUGACAUGCCAUGAUAUGAGAUAACGUGCACUGGUGAAAGCCUUCAAAGGUGGAGUCUGAGCAAGAGCCCUGAAAGCGAGCGAUCUGAAAGAAAACUGACAUGACAUAAUGCGUGCCGUGUCCCGCGGGGCUGGCUCCGAAAUAUCGAGAUAUCAAAGGUGGAACGGGUCCAGAAUAAGUAUGGCUCAGAUGAAUGCGUACAGCAGUGCAGAUAAAAUAACAGUCCCCCUGUGCCAGGGAAGGACAGAGUGCAGGACCCAUGUAAUGAGACUGGGGGCUGUUUUGGGUUCGAGGUGGCGCCUGUCGACCAUGCGGUGGCACUGUUGGGCAGACAGACGGCUUGAUUCACAAAAAGCUCUCCGUCUUUCCAAGUCCUGCCACGAGCGAUAAUCCAAUGUUCCUUGCUUGCAUUAAGAUGCAUCUGUGUGUGACGGAUGAAGUGUCUUGUUUACAGUACGUGCACAUGGUGGCGAAUUCCGAGCUUCCCAUUAACAUCGCCCGAGUCGCUGGUUCUCCGCUUCAUUUACCUGCCUUGUUUAAAAUUGAUUUUUUGUUUUUCCUACAAACCGGAGGUGGUUAUGCAAGACAAAACGUGUCUAGAUUUUGAAAACCAGUCUCUCGAAUCAAAAUUACAUGCUUUUCUUCCACUUUAAUAAGGGGAAUCGUUGUAGUCUGAUGUGGGUGGAGGUGCUGAAAACAGGAAAACUGGGAAUGUUAAGCAGAAUCCUUUUCAUGACAUUCCAGCCGUUCCUUAAGGCCCCAGCAUGCCGUGAUGCUCUUCAACAGUUUUGCUUUGUUGGCUACCUAAUGGUUAUUUUCCGUGCUCAAAGGCUGUUGUCACAGAUUAUUCGUUAUGCCUACUACUAUUGAUAAGCUUACAAUGAAGGAGCUGUGGAGUCGAGCGUCUACAUUGUUUACGCGUCACACUGUGAAAGGAGCCUUUCCAGCAGUGGGAUGCAGCUUUGAUUCAUGUCAAUGUCCAUUGUCUUUAUUCUUUCUUUUUACCCCACAAUGCCUUCUGUUUCAACCACCAUGCUCUGAACUAAACAUGCACUUUUGCUUUGUACCAGCGGAAUGACUGAGUGGUAAAUGCUUCAUUUGCGCACCUUAAAUAUUUUAAGGAUGUUUACAUUCCAUUAAACUGAUUAUACAUCCACUUUCUGUAUGGAACUGCACACACUCUUUGACCUGAUAUUUUAUAAAAACCAUCCAAGGUGUGACCUUUAAUAAAAUUAAACAACAUCUUUUGUA